AUUUGGCAUAUUUCCUAUAGAUGACGCUAAACUUGACUCGCAGUUGAUUUACCUCCUUAGCUUGGCGGUCAAGUAUUUUUUAUAUGGAAAAUCAUCAUUACCACAUGUGACCCUGGAAGAAAAAAAAUUUCUUGAUCGGUCAACAAAUAGAAAAUGUCUGAAAGACCCCUUAGGCAAAGCAGACGAGCAAUUUGAUGUCUGGUGUUUUUCAACAUUGUUUGAGAAGAAAAUAGAAGUGGAGAAUAACUUCUGAGGCUCUGAAUAACUUUCACUGUUAAGAAUGGCACCUGCUGCUCAAUGGAUGAAAGGAUUAACUCCAGAAAUGGUUCAAAGGGCGGAAGAUGAAUUGGGCGAAACUCCCCAACUAAGAAAACAAUCUUUAAAAGAAUUAAAAGAACUAAUUAAUGGUCAGAAGACGUUCUGUCCAGUUAUGGACGAUUCUUUCUUGCUUCGAUUUCUACGAUGCAAGAAAUACGAUGUGAAAAAGGCCUUCAUUACUCUGAAAAACUAUCACGAUUUCAAAAACAGAUAUUCAGGAACAAUCACUGAUAGGACUCCCUCAAAAUUGAAAAAUGUUCUUGAAAUGGACUGCGUAUUUUUGACUCCUAAAAGAGGUCCAAAUGGAGAAGGCGUAGCAAUUGUUUUUCUUGGAAAAUUUGAUAUUGAGAAUCUUUCCGCAUUUGAGCUUUACGCUGCAACAUUUCUAUGUGCGGACAUUGGAAUCGAAACUGAAGCAUCUCAAGUGUGUGGAGGAGCUCUUAUAUUUGAUUUUCAAGGAAUAACUUUAAAUAAGUUACGACACUUUUCAAAUCCAUCCUAUCUGGCAUGCUUAGUAAGAGGCAUUCAAAAUUGCUUUCCUUAUCGCAUACCUGGUUUUCACAUGGUUCACGAGCCAUCGUACUUCAGUAUGACAUACAGUAUAGUUAAGCCGAUGCUAUCUAAAAAGUUGAAGGAACGAGUCCACUUCCACGGUAACGACUUAUCAAGCUUGCACAAAUUCUAUCCUCCGGAAAUUCUGCCCAAAGAACUAGGAGGUCACUUAGGCGAAAAAGAAUUCGAAGAAUUCCGUACCUAUAUUCUAAGUAAAGAAUCUUUCAUAGAAAAAUUGAAUAAAUACGUCUACAAUGGACAUGAUUCAUUUUAUGAUGAAGAGGAAAACACAAGACGUAAAAUCCGUCUUCAAGAAGAAAAUCUAAAAAACUUGACUUUAUAAAAUGACAUUUGUUUUUUUAAAAAAAGCAAACGUUUUACGGUACUCGAUUAGAGUCAAGCACCUACCUACUUUAUAUUUUAUACAAAUUUACCAUUUCAUUUCUACAAUAUAGAAGUUUGAAAGUUACAUUCAGGUAGAAAGUGAAAAGGCACAGAAUGUGAGACACUGAAAAAGGCACAAAUGAGGCAGUAAAGAGGCAUGAAAAUGAAUUGUUAUAAAAUUUUGAACAUUAUUAGUCACCACAUGUUGUAUUUUUAGUGGUUCUUGGCAACCCUCUGUAAAUGUUACAAAUAAUCAACUAAAUUCCUGAAAUUAACUUGAACAUAAAGUCUAUAAAAUUUUCAACAAUCUCAUAAAGCAUUUGUCACCACUUAUUAAUUUUUUUAGACAGUGGCAAGUCUGCAAACAUUAUAAAAUAUAAUUUUAUGUUUUAAUUUUACUACCACUUUUUUAUUCAAGUAGAAAGUAUUUGAAUUUUUUAUAUUGAAUUGUAUGAAAAUUAUAUUGUAUUUGCAAUAUAUAAGGGUUAAAUAAUGUUGUAAAUUUGAUUGUUUGUUGUUUAACCUCUUUGAGACGGGCGAGACAUAAUCAGAGUAGUAAAAGAUACAACUGGUUGCCCAACUAUUUUUAUAGCAGUUUAUUUGAGGGCGGGGUAAUAAUAGUUGGCUCUAUUUAAUUUGCCACUACUUAUUCCUAUUAAAAAUUGUAUAGUUACACUUUUAACACACACGGAUUGAAUGUGUUAGAUUUAAAGUUUAAGUAAAAAAUAGUCUGUCAAAUUAGCUAUGCCCGAACUUAAGCUAUCGCUUUUUAUUUUUUACUAUUCUGAUUUCAUACCAAUACAUUUGUGUCUCGUCCGUCCCGAAAAGGUUAAAACAAAUUUGUUGUUUUUUAUAUCGAUUAAUGAAUUAAAAUAUUUGAAAAUUCAUUUCAAUAGGAAAUAAAUGUAGUUUAAAUCUAUGGUUAUUAAUGAUGGAGGUUAAGAUCCUGCAAUUUUGUGACCAACGGCAUGUUUGUGUCAAUGUGGUCCUUACUAUUAAUUAAUAAAGUAAAAUAGUAUUUAAAAAUUGCAUUAUGUAUGCCUGUUUCUUUAGUACAACUUUAUUUAUUUGUCAUUAAUUAUGACUUCAUAUUUAUUUAAUUUAUAUAAGCUGAAUACGUUAUGCAUAUUUACAAAAUACCUCGACUAUUUAUAUAUCUUAUUUAAUAUGUCGGAUUCAUGAUGUGAAUUUAACAGUUAAAUUUCUGUAAUGAAAUUUUUGUGAUGUUUUGUUUAUUUGUUUUAUUAUCUGCUUGUACGUAGCAAAAACGUGUAUGUUGGUUCAUAAUAAACUAUUAUAUUUGUUAAAA